GCCUGAGGAGAGGAAGGCGACACCGUCCUGCACACUUUGUGUUCACGCCAAGAGGCGGCCGUGUAGUUUGGAGACAAGUCGCCGUGUCUGUGUCUCCCACUUUACUUUCACCUCCGCCUCCUCCUGCUCCUCCGCUGGCAGAAAUUUAUAAAGAACAAAAAAUCGGAGCGGGGAGGAGGGAGGGGGGUUCAUCUACGCCGAGGCUGAAAUCGAGAGGCGAACCCAGGGAAAGAGGAGUCAUUUCUACACGGGACUUUCCCCCUCUUAGGCCCCUUGAAGGAGGGGGAAAAGUCGCAAUAUUGGAAACAAAGAGGAAUGCGAUUGUAAGGGCGUGAAAACGCCUGCCAUUGUGGAUACUUUAUAUAUUUUUAUUUCGACAAAAUAUGGCCGAGAACGUUCUGGACUCUGGCCCGCCUUCAGCCAAGAGGCCUAAACUCUCCUCUCCGGCACUUUCCGCCUCCGCCAGCGAUGGAAAUGAUUUUGGCUCACUAUUUGACCUUGAACAUGACCUCCCAGAUGAGCUCAUCAGCUCUAAUGAACAAGGUCUGGUCAAUGGCGGUGACCUCAACCAGUUGCACACCACUCUGGGAGGAGGACCUGCUGGCCUUGGGCCUGGAGGAGGCAGUGGAGGGACAGGAGCAAUGGGUCUUGGGCUUGGCCCAGGAGGGGGUCCUGGAGGUGUUGGUGGUGGCCAGGAUGCGGUGGCCAAGCACAAACAACUGUCUGAGCUCUUGCGAUCAGGGGCACCACAGAGCUCUGGUCAGCAGGGACAUCAAGGAGCUAUGGGUAGCCCGGGAGGCCUCAGUGGUAUGGGGUCACACUUGGGGAACAUGAAGGCAUCUCCUGGCCAGGGAGCGCAGCAGAUGAUGGGCCAGGGGCAGCAGCAGCCGCAGCACCUCUCCCCUCAGCAGCAGGCCAAUAUGAUGCAGCAACAGCAGAAUGCUGCAGCUGGAAUAAUAGGUGGCAUGAACAGAGCCAUGAUGGGGGUGCAGCAGAAAGGUAGUAAUGGACAGCAGCAGCCGGGUAUUAUGGGGGGCCAGGUGAUGAAUGGCUCUCCCAGAAUGGGCUUUGGCAAUCAGGGGAUGGGAAGCAACAGCAACUUGUUGGCUGACACACUACAGCAGCAGCAACAGGGACCUGGAGGCCAAGUUGGAAUGAGAUGUCAGCAACCUGGAACAAUGAACAAGAUGGGGAUGAUGGGCAGCCCAGGUGGCCCAUUUGGAGGUCCGUAUGCAGGACAAGGGAAUCAAGGUCUGGGAGGGGCAGGGCUGGGCCCUCAGCUCCAGAGCAAAGGACCCAUGACCAACAGCCUUGCCCAGUUUAAUGUGGACAAAAAGAACCAGGCCAUUCAAGGAAUGACAAGCAUGGCUUCCCAGCAGUCACAGACAGGUGUGAGCGCUCCCUCUGGUGCGCCUGUUGGAGGGGCUGCGGGAAUGGUGCCCACAGCCCAGGGAGGACUGGUUGGUCCUGGCAGUCAGGUCUCUACAACAUCAACAGCAGCUGGAGGGCCACCUACAGCUGAUCCUGAAAAGCGCAAGCUGAUCCAGCAGCAGUUGGUACUCCUGCUUCAUGCACACAAAUGCCAGCGGCGGGAGCAAGCUAACGGUGAAGUCCGACAGUGCAACCUGCCCCAUUGCCGGACCAUGAAGAAUGUCCUCAAUCACAUGACUCACUGUCAGUUGGGCAAGUCCUGUCAGGUGGCGCACUGUGCAUCAUCGAGACAGAUCAUCUCCCACUGGAAGAACUGCACGCGACAUGACUGUCCUGUAUGUCUGCCGCUGAAGAAUGCUGGGGACAAGAGGAACCCGCAGUGUGAGUCUCUGAUGGUUGGAGCUGCUGCUGGUCUUGGCAGUUCUUUAGGGGCAGUUCCUGGUGGCCAGACGAGUACUCCCAGUCUCAACCCACCAAGUCAGAUUGACCCCAGUUCCAUAGAAAGGGCCUAUGCAGCUCUGGGUCUUACCUACCAGGGUAACCAGAUCCAGGGUCAAACUGCUCAGCCCAGCAUGCCCAGCCAGAGCCUUCAAGGUCAACCUGGCAUGAGGCCCUUGAACCCAAUGGGUGCAAAUCCCAUGGGAGUCAAUGGAGGUGUUGGAACCCCUCCUCAGAACCAACAGACCAACCUGCUGCAGGAUACCAUGAUGCACCUCAAUGUGAACAGCCAAGGUCUAAUGAACGAGGCAGGUGGAGUUGGUGCCAUGCCCACUGCUGCGCCUCCCUCUGCUGCAGGUAUGAGGAAGAGUUGGCAUGAGGACAUCACACAGGACCUGCGAAACCACCUGGUACACAAACUUGUUCAGGCCAUCUUUCCCACUCCAGAUCCUGCUGCCCUAAAGGACCGCCGAAUGGAGAACCUGGUGGCCUAUGCCAGAAAAGUUGAGGGGGACAUGUAUGAGUCGGCUAACAGUAGAGCGGAGUACUACCACCUGCUGGCGGAGAAGAUCUAUAAGAUUCAGAAGGAGUUGGAGGAGAAGAGGAGGACUCGGCUCCAGAAGCAGGGCUUGGGCCUCGGGCCUCCUGGCAUGGGUCAGCCACCCACUGGACUGCCUCCAAAUGGCCCCCUCCCAGACCCGUCUAUGGUGCGACCGACGGGUCCAGGUCAACUGGUCAACAGGAUGCAAGGUCCAGGUAUGAAUCAGUUCAAUCAAAUGGGGAUGCAGCCCAUGGGCCAGAGGUCGACCCCUCCUCUUCCCAUGGGCCUUCUGGCAACCAGGUGAAUGGGAAUGGUUGGAGCCAGGAUGGGACAGCCGGGUGUCAACCAGAUGCAGAACCAGUUUUUGUCCCAGGGACAGUUUCCAGGACCAGGGGCCGGCACAGCUCAGCCUGGAAUGGCCCAGCCUAGAGGACAGGGGGGCAUGGCUCAGAUGGGCACUCCUCCUCUUCCAGUUACCAGUCCCCUGCCACAGCCAGGUUCAGCUGGUGGACCACCCACAGGGGGGCCUAUUGGUGCCCAGAGUUUAAGUGGUACAGGUCCCAGCUCAGUUGUUGGAGGCCCGGCCACAUCUUUGACUCCAUCUAAUACAAAUCAGCAGCCUGGCUCCAUCUCCCAUCUGGGAGCAAUGCGUGGCAGCUCUCCUUCUCCUGCUCAUAGCCGAUCUCCUACCCCUCACCAGACUCCCCCCAGACUAGCAGGGUCCCAGACCCCACAGCCACACACCCCGAAUGCACCUCAGCCGGCUCCACCUCCAGCUCCUCAGCAGAACCAACUCGGUCAAGGUCCAGGCUCAAACAAGUCCCUCCAGCAACAACAUGUGGGGGCAUCUGGUUCCACCACUCCAUCUCACCCUGGGUUGUCCUCCAGCUCAACGCCACAUGGCACUCAGCUGCCACGCACUCCGUUGUCCCAAAAAGGUUCAUUCCCACCUGACAGUCAGGCCCAGACUCCAGCCUCCGUCAGCGGCCUGGACACUUCCUCUCAGCUCCCACAGUCUGAUACGACGUCCGGCACCCUGGACAUAAAGAUGGAAGUCAAACAGCAGGAUGAUGAUGAUGAAGGAGAAGGGGACAGUGGCUCCAAAGGAGGGAAGCCCAGUGGCCUCAAAAUGGAGGAAAAGCCUGUGAAAAUAGAGUUGAAAAAGGAAGACUGUUCUGGGGAGGGAGGUAAUGGUGUCCCUAUGGAUACGUCAGCACCACUGACGUCAACUGUCAAGAUGGAAGACAAGAAGCCGGAAGUGAAGAAGGAGGAAGAAGAGUCAUCAGAAGCUGCUGUUCCACAGGCUCCAAUGAGAAAGAAGAUUUUCAAACCAGAGGAGCUCCGGCAGGCCCUCAUGCCAACUCUGGAGUCUCUGUACAGACAAGACCCUGAGUCGCUGCCCUUCAGAAUGCCUGUUGACCCACAACAGCUGUGCAUACCUGAUUACUUUGACAUUGUGAAGAACCCCAUGGACUUGUCUACUAUCAAGCGAAAGCUGGAUACAGGUCAGUACCAGGAUCCAUGGCAGUAUGUGGACGACAUCUGGCUAAUGUUCAACAACGCCUGGCUGUACAAUCGCAAGACAUCCCGAGUGUACAAGUACUGUUCCAAGCUGGCUGAGGUUUUUGAACAGGAGAUUGACCCCGUCAUGCAGAGUCUUGGUUACUGUUGCGGGAGGAAGCUGGAGUUUUCUCCUCAGACACUGUGCUGCUAUGGGAAGCAGCUGUGCACUAUUCCACGAGACGCUACGUACUUCAGCUACCAGAACAGGUACCACUUCUGAAAGUGUUUCAACGAGAUCCAGGGAGAGACGGUUUCCCUGGGCGAUGACCCAACCCAGCCCCAAACGUCCAUUAACAAGGAUCACUUUGAGAAGAAGAAGAAUGACACACUGGACCCUGAGCUACUUGCUGAAUGUUUGGACUGUGGGCGCAGAAUGCACCAGAUUUGUGUCUUACACAAUGAAACAAUCUGGCCAACGGGUUUUGUAUGUGACGGCUGCUUAAAGAAGACCAAUAAGACAAGGAAAGAGAAUAAGUAUUCUGCCAAACGGUUGCCUCAGACCAAGUUGGGCUUUCUAGAGACAAGGGUGAAUGACUUCUUAAAGCGUCAGGGUCACCCAGAGUCUGGAGAGGUCUCCAUUCGGGUUGUCCACGUGUCUGACAAAGUAGUGGAGGUCAAACCUGGCAUGAAGUCCAGAUUUGUGGACAGUGGAGAGAUGUCAGAGUCUUUCCCGUACAGGACAAAAGCUCUGUUUGCAUUUGAAGACAUUGACGGAGCAGAUGUUUGUUUCUUUGGUAUGCACGUACAAGAGUAUGGAUCGGAUUGCCCUCAGCCGAACCAGAGGCGAGUAUACAUCUCCUAUCUGGACAGUGUGCACUUCUUCCGACCUCGCUGUCUAAGAACGGCCGUCUACCAUGAAAUCCUUAUUGGCUACCUGGAGUAUGUCAAGAAGUUAGGCUACACCACCGGCCACAUUUGGGCCUGCCCACCCAGUGAAGGAGAUGACUACAUCUUCCACUGUCACCCUGCAGAUCAGAAAAUCCCCAAGCCCAAACGCCUCCAAGAGUGGUACAAGAAGAUGCUCGACAAGGCCGUAUCGGAGCGGAUAGUACACGACUACAAGGACAUCUUCAAGCAAGCAACUGAGGAUCGUUUGACCAGUGCCAAGGAAUUACCUUAUUUUGAGGGUGAUUUUUGGCCCAAUGUGCUGGAGGAGAGCAUCAAGGAGCUGGAGCAAGAGGAAGAGGAGAGGAAAAGGGAGGAGAACAGCACUUCCAAUGAGUGCAUUGAUGACACAAAAAGUGACAGUAAAAAUGCAAAGAAGAAGAACAACAAGAAAACGAGUAAGAACAAGAGCAGCCUGAGCCGAGCCAAUAAGAAGAAACCUGGGAUGCCCAGUGUCUCCAGCGACCUGUCGCAGAAACUAUAUGCCACUAUGGAAAAACACAAAGAGGUGUUCUUUGUUAUCCGGUUAAUUGCAGGCCCGAUGGCAAAUGCCUUGCCCCCCAUUGUAGAUCCAGAUCCCUUAAUGGCAUGUGACCUCAUGGAUGGUCGUGAUGCUUUCCUGACAUUGGCUAGGGACAAACACUUGGAGUUCAGUUCCCUGAGGAGAUCUAAGUGGAGCUCUAUGUGCAUGCUCGUGGAGUUGCAUAACCAAAGCCAGGACCGCUUCGUCUACACCUGCAAUGAGUGCAAGCACCACGUGGAGACCAGAUUCCACUGCACUGUCUGUGAGGAUUACGACCUCUGCAUCACCUGCUACAACACUAAGGGCCACGAGCAUAAGAUGGAGAAGUUGGGUCUUGGUUUAGAUGAUGAGAGUAGCAACCAGACUGCUGCUACCACGCAAAGCCCUGGAGAUUCUCGCCGCCUCAGCAUCCAGCGCUGCAUCCAGUCCUUGGUCCAUGCUUGCCAGUGUCGAAAUGCAAACUGUUCAUUGCCGUCCUGUCAAAAGAUGAAGCGCGUUGUUCAGCACACAAAAGGCUGCAAGAAGAAAACCAACGGUGGCUGCCCCAUCUGCAAGCAGCUCAUUGCACUGUGUUGCUACCAUGCCAAACACUGUCAAGAGAACAAGUGCCCAGUGCCUUUUUGUCUGAACAUCAAGCACAAGCUCCGCCAGCAGCAGCUGCAGCAUCGGCUCCAACAGGCACAGAUGCUCAGGAGGAGAAUGGCCAGCAUGCAGCGGGUAGGCCAACCCACACCUGCAGGAGUUCCUGGGGGCAAUGGCCUGCCCUCCCCAGGAACUACCAACAAUUGCGCAACUGGUCCAGGUACCCCCACGUCUGUGGGCACUCAACCUCCCACACCACAGACACCCACCCAGGGGAAUGUAUCUGCAGUCCCCCAGCAGCAGGGAGUUGGCAUUGUGGGAAUGGCAGGAAUGAGUACUCCAGGAAAGCAACAGCAAGUCCAGCAGCAAGGUGGUACUAUGCCUCCCCAACACCACCUCCAUCACCAGUUUCAGCCAAUGGGUGGAGGAGCAGCAGCGGGGAUGAUGAAUUCUCCUCAGCAGCAGAUGGUGUCACAGCUUCAGCAGCAACCUCAGAAUGUCCAGCAGCUCCAGCAGCCACAUCCUGGUGGUUUGCCGCCGUAUAACCCCAGACCACCAGGGGCCUCUACUCUUCACCAGUCCAUGGGAAAACCUGGACUUGGUCCAGCCACCCCACCUCAACAGCAGCAGCAACACAACCAGGGUCAAGGGUCAAUGUCUGCGCAAGGUCAGCAGCCAGGGCCCCCUCUGGCUGCUGUAGAGACGGCUCUUAAAAUCCAGCGUCUAGCAGAGACCCAGAGACAGAUGGCUCAAGCACAGAUCCUGCAGAGACAGGGGCAAGGGGGAAUGAUACCCACACAUUCUCACCACCAGAAUCCACAGGCCCAGAUGGCUAUGUCCCACAUUGGGGCCCAGGGUAUGCCUCCCCAAGCUCAGGGAGUAGUUGGCAGGACUAUGCUAGACCCACAGCAGCAAGGAAUGUUAGCAGGGAUUCAGCAGGGAGGUCCUCAGUCUCAGUUACCACCUCAAGUUCAACAGCAGCUCCAGCAAGUCCAGCAGGGAGCCGGUGGACAGCUUCAGCACAACCAGCAGUGGGGUCCAGGGGGCCCAACAAUGAAUCCACAACAAAGACCAGGCUAUGGUCACAUGGCGUCACAGCAGCAGCCAGCGGUUACCCAGCAGCAGCAGAUACCCCGCCAGCAGCAAGCAGGAAACCGUGGGCUGAUGCAGCUGAUGGGAGUGUCUGCAGGGGCAGCUCCUUCAGCGGCUGGUGCAGGUGGAUCAAGUAACCCUCCCCAGGCAGCACUACAGGAUCUCCUGCGUACACUUCGCUCUCCAAGCUCACCCCUUCAACAACAGCAGGUUCUCAGCAUUCUUCGAGCCAACCCCCUCCUUAUGGCUGCUUUUAUUAAGCAGCGAGCAGCCAGGUCAGGAGCUCAGGCUGGAGCCGGGGCUGCUGGAGGUCCUCCACAAGGUGGCCCUGCCGGGGUGAGGUUCCAGGGGCCUGCUGGAGGGCUAUCUGGUGUAGGAGGUCCUGGCGGGAACCAAAUGCCAAACAUGGAUGGGCAACAGCAAGUUAAUGUGAGUCAGGCUGGCCAGCCUGGGAUGACCAUUGGUCAGGGUGGAACACAAGGAGGGAAUAUGCCCACCAUGGCUCAGCUUCAGCAGCUCCAACAGCAGCAACAGCAGCGCCCAAUGCUACCCGGGAAUCUACAGCAGCAAAUGGCUGCACUGCAACAGCAACAGGGGGUGAUGCAACCGGGACAACAAGGAAACAUGUCUACCAUGAGUCCACAGUACAGAGAGGCUUUGCUUCGGAAACACCUGCAGCAGCAGCAACAACAUGGCAACCACGGGCAGUUUCAGCAGCAACAAGGGCAGCAAGCCUUCAUGCAGCCUGGGCAUGGACAACCAGGUAUGCCUAUUUCAUCCCAACCCCAGACUGGAGGUGGAGGUGUUGGAGGUCCUCAGCAGCCGCAAGUGGGUCCGCAGGGAGGUCCAGGACAGCUAAAUCAGCAAGGUUACCCAGGCUCCAUGUUGCAGGUAACAGCAGCUUUGCAACAAAAGCUGCAGCAUCAGAUGCAGAUGCAGCAGCAGCAGCAGAAUUCAAUGGGUGGGCUACAAGGACAAGAUGGAGGGCCCAGUGGAGGUACUGGAGGAUCAGGUGGACCUCCACUGCAGCCUGGACAUGGGCAACAACAGCAGGGUGGAGGUGGUGGAGCACCACAGCCUCAGGGGUCCCAAGGCAUGUUCCAGCAGUCCAUCCACCAGAGGCUCCUCCAGCAGCAGCAGCAGCAGCAGCUUGGAGGGGCCUCCCCAGCCCACCAUAGCAGUCCUCUGAGCCCACAGCAACAGAUGGCACAGUCCCCCCACCUCCAGGGACAAGGAGGACUCGGUCCAGCAGGGUCUCUCAGCAGUCAGGUCCGCUCCCCUCAACCCUCUCCACGACCACAGUCACAGCCUCCACACUCCAGCCCGUCCCCCCGUAUGCAGCCCUCUUCCCAACCUCAGCCCUCACCUCACCGUAUCUCCCCACAAACUCGGACUGGUUCGCCCCAUCCGGCUCACAUGGGCUCACAUCAUCCCAGUAUGGCUCCACCUCAACCUCCACAACCCCAACAGCAGCAAGGAGGUUCUGCAGACACUAGUCAGUUUAGCUCAGACCAGAACUCAAUUAUGUCCCAACUGAGCGGCAUGGCUGGGAUGCAGGGCGGACAGGGGCCGCAGUCGGACAUGUUGGGUGGGAAUAACAAUAACAGCAGCAACAGCCAAGAACUGGGAACGAACGUGAACCACAAUAAUUUAGAACUAAUGUAGCCUUGACUGCACACUGUCAAAGUUCUGAUCAGUUUGCCCAAAUGACAGAAGGGAGGCUCAACGACUGCUUUGGGGAUCUAGAAGUUUUUAUUUUAUUUAAAUAUUUUUGUCAUGUGUAAAAUAAGAACUGAAGCUUCCUCCUAUGGGAGAUGUAACAUGAAUCAUAGAAGUCAAUAAAUGAAUAAAUUAAACAAUGGUAAGUUAUUGUUGUUAUAUAUAUCAAUAUAUUUUUUUGCCAAGUGUGUACAAAGGUGGGAGGGCAAUGUUUCAGGUUGAAGAUAUUUCUUACAUAGUCUGUCAUUUUUUGAGGGACUGAGAUUUUUUUUUUUAUGAAUAUUUUUGAGACUUUAAAUGUGGCUUAAAGUGUUGACAAAAUGUCCCAUUUCUGAGGGUUUUUUUUUUUAAUAUCCAGUCAUGAUUGUAUCAAUUUUGCAAAGCAUAUCCCCCCCCCCCCCCCCCCCCCCCC